UUUACACACUUGACUCUGCCAAACAGGGCCCAACACCACCGUCCCCUAUCCCUUUUCUCUCUAACUCUUUCCCUUCCCGUCUCAGAAAUUUCCACGUACUCGAACAACUUCCUUCGCAUGGUCAAUGAUCACUUUUCCGAACACUUCCUCCCGCCGGCCAAUUCACCAAACUAGGUUUUCGUAACUUUCUAUCUCGGAGCUCAAUUUCUCAUGGACGAUGAUAAUUCCAGCCCGCAGAUGUGCCGCCCUUGUGUAGAAGAACCUCAGAGUCAAAGGUUGCUCGAGGACGCCGCUUCGUCUGUAGAAAACUGCACAUCAAUUCAGGAUAUGGAAGGGAAGCAGCUGGUUGGAGUUCCGGGAACGAUGUCCGAGGUUGCUACUGGAAAUUCUAAUUCUCCGGCGAAGUUGAAGACGCCGAUGGAGAACGGGAUCGGCUUUGCUGAGAAGACGAAGCGAGGACGGCCGCCACGUGGAGCAGUAGUUAAAGCUCCGCAACCGAAGAGACAGCGAGAGGAGGAGGAAGGAGAAGAUGUCUGCUUUAUUUGUUUCGAUGGUGGUUCUCUUGUCCUAUGCGAUCGCAAGGGAUGUCCGAAGGCAUACCAUCCAGCUUGUAUUAAGCGGGAUGAGGCAUUUUUCCGCUCCAAAGCUAAAUGGAACUGUGGUUGGCAUGUUUGUAGUGUAUGUCAAAAGGCUUCCCACUAUAUGUGCUAUACUUGUACAUAUUCGGUGUGCAAAGGAUGUACAAAAGAUGCUGAUUUCUUCUGUGUUCGAAGAAGCAAAGGCUUUUGUUCAACAUGCAUGAAAAUUAUCAUGCUGAUUGAGAAUAUAGACCAUGGGAUCAAGGAGAUGGUUCAAGUAGAUUUUGAUGACAAGAGUAGCUGGGAGUAUCUCUUCAAGGUAUAUUGGAUGUACUUAAAAGAAAAAUUAUCAUUAACACAAAGUGAACUUAUUCAAGCCAAAAAACCUUGGAAAGGAUCAGAUACAGUACAUGCUAAGCAACAGCGACUACCUUUUUUUCAUCCUGUUGCAUUUGAUGGAAAAGGUAUUGUGGGCAAGUCUUUUGACCAUCUGGAGCUGAAAAAACCCGAACAAUUGCUGGAGCCACCUUGCAAGGAUCCUCCAAUCACUGAAAUCCAAACAAUUGCUGAGGCUGAAAAUUUAUGUGGUCCUGGUUGUACUCCACAGUUGGAGAAAAUGCAGCCCAUAGAACUAGAGUUACGGAGGAAUGGUUCUUUAAAGAAAGAAGAAGCAAGUGCUUCCAUGGGGACAUCAUUGAAUGGAUGCAUGGAAUGGGCGUCCAAAGAGCUUUUGGAGUUUGUUGCACACAUGAAGAAUGGUGAUACUUCUGCUCUAUCACAUUUUGAGGUCCAGGCCCUAUUACUAGAGUACAUAAAGAGAAAUAAACUUCGAGAUCCUCAUCAGAAAAGUCAAAUAAUUUGUGAUUCGAGGCUCAGAAGUCUAUUUGGAAAACAUCGUGCUGGCCACAUAGAAAUGCUAAAGCUUCUUGAAUUUCACUUUCUGAUAAAGGAGGAUUCGCAGGGGAGUGCAUUUAUACCAGCUGGAAUUGUUGGAAAUGUUACUAGUCGUGUGGAGGCUGAUGAUAAUAAUGAUAUCUCAUUCUUGAUGAAUAAAACUAAGAAACGUAAAUCGCGUAGACACACCGAAGAAAGUUUAGUGCAGAUAAAUCUAGAUGAGUAUGCAGCAAUUGAUGCUCAUAACAUCAAUCUCAUAUAUUUGCGCCGUGAUUUGAUGGAGAGUCUUAUUGAAGAUAUGGAAAAGUUCCAAGGCAGAGUUACUGGCUCAGUUGUCCGGAUAAGAAUAUCUGGUAACAAUCAGAAGCAAGAUAUGUACAGGCUUGUCCAUGUCGUAGGUACAAGCAAGGUAUUUGUUCCAUAUAAGAUUGGGGAUAAGACUGCUAAUGUACUGCUUGAAGUCUUAAACUUAAACAAGAAAGAGAUUGUUCCUAUUGAUUCUAUUUCAAAUCAAGAUUUCUCUGAGGAUGAAUGCAGAAGAUUACGUCAGAUUAUAAAAUGUGGGCUUGUAAAGCGGCUGACCAUAGGUGACAUACAGAAGAAAGCAAUGGAACUCCGUGCAGUAAAACUCAACGAUACUUUGGAAGAAGAGAUACUGCGACUCAACAAUCUUCGUGAUAGAGCAAGUGAGAAAGGGCGUAAGAAAGAGCUCAGAGAAUGUGUAGAGAAACUAGAGCUUCUGAAGACUCCUGAGGAACAUCAGCGGAGGCUACUUGCAACUCCAGAAGUGCAUGCUGAUCCAAAGAUGGAUCCUAAUUAUGAAACUGACGAAGAUGCUAGAGAAUCUGACGACAAAAAACAAGUUGAAUAUGGGGGGCCAAGAUACACUAGAUUUUGUAGAAGGGAAGACAAGCCUAUGUCUUCAUGGAGGAAAGAUAAAGAGGGAUCUAUCAUGGCUCGAUGUAAAGUUAGUGAAAAAAGAGAGGCUCAUGGAAAUAUUAUGAAGAAACUAGGGAAUCAAGGUACUGCAUGUCAGGUUGUGGAUAGGUCUGCAUCUGAAACUUCAAUUACAAGCUUCUCUACAGUGAACUCAACAUUCACCAACAAUAGUGACACAGACAAGCUUUGGCAUUACCGUGACCCUAGUGGUAGAAUACAAGGACCAUUUUCAGUGACGCAGUUGAGGAAAUGGAAUAAAUCAGGGCUUUUCCCACUUGAUAUGAGGAUAUGGAUAAAAGGUGAGCAUGAUGACUCGGUACUUUUAACUAAUGCACUAAAAGGGCUGUUCGAUAAAUCCCCUCAGGUUCAUGGUGAGAUUUCACACCAGUCUCAGGAGCUUGGUGCUACUUCUGUUAACAGUAGUGUUGGGUGGUGUGGAAGUGCAACUGGAAUAGGGAGAGAAUGUGGAGAGAAGGAGGUACCUUGGCACCUCCGUAUUACAAAUAAUCAUUCUAAUGGUAACACUGAGACUGCGAGGAUGGAUGGGCUGUCCUCAUCUUCGCCACAAUGUUUGGACUUGAAUAAUUCUUAUUCUGACAAACCCCAUUCAUCCAGCCCUGAACCGUCAUCCAGUCAUGGGAACGUGCGCGGAGCUCCUUCCCAUGGGAAAAGAUGCCAUGAAAUUGUUGAUUUUCAGUCCAACACAGGUCAUAUGGUUCAGGACUCAAGUAGAAACGGCUGCAAUCAUAGUAUGCAAUCCCACAGUCAGAGGCAUUUAGGGCAGUCUUGUGGACAGAACUGGGAACCCUCAAACAGUAAUAGAAGUUCUAGUUUUGCUUCAGUUACCAAGUCAAGUGAUUCAUUUCAACAGAAUGGUAUCACGAGUUAUCCGGAUCUGCCAAGUCCAACCCCCAAAACAAGCUAUGACGAUGUUGAUGCUCAGGCUGCUGAAGAGCUACUUUCUUUGAGUUUGGUUGUUCCAGUUUGUGCUUCAGAUAUUCAAGAUUUGCCAAGUCCUACACCAGAAUUGGAAGAAGAAGCUACAGUUGGGCAGGCUGCAGCAAACAAAGAUUCUUUAACUUCUAGUUUUCCUGUUCAGGAUUCAGGUCCUAGUUGGAGCAGUGCUUCUAGUCUGGUGAUCGAUGGGGCCCAACUUCCUGAAAUAGCUAAUGGAUUGGGUGGACCAGCUGCGAAACCAUCUAUAGACUCUGAUCUUAUCUCUGAUUCUGCACUGAAACCUGCUGAAGCAGUGGGUGAUCAUGUCGACACACCUACAUCAGAUGUCAACCAACUGAAACCAGCUGAAGCAGUGGGUGAUCAUGUUGACACACCUACAUCAGAUGUCAACCAACUGAAACCAGCUGAAGCAGUGGGUGAUCAUGUCGACACACCUACAUCAGAUGCCAACCAACUCAAUAAUAAUUCCUCAUCUCAUCCAAUCUCAAACUUUUCCGAUUGGCGAGCAAUCUUUGGUGAGCCAAUAGAGUUCAGCACUUUAUAUGAGGAAUCCGUGUCAGACCUAUUAGCUGAAGUUGAUGCAAUGGAAUCUCAAACUCAAAGUGGUAUGGGUUCACCAACCUCCGCCAUGAGGUUCUGUGAGGAGACGAUAUCUGUAUGUAGAAGUGACUUUUUCAGCUUUUUUGAGGAGCUUAGUCCCACACCUGACCCUGCAAAAAAUGAUGCCUUGAGCUCCACUGAAGAUAUGCAAUUACCUUGUCAAUCCUCUCUGACAAAUGAACUAGCGAGGACAUCACAGGCUGAAGCUUUUGAUCCUUUUAAGAGGUCUAGCAGGACUUCAUCUACUAGCAGUGAGGGAGAAACAAAGUCAGCUGAUAUUUCCUUUUCCCAGGGAGAAACUGGGUUCAACAUACCUACACCCUGCACCACGGGGAAAACUGCACUUUCAGUCAUCAACCAGAGUACUGAACUGGAAACUAUAACCACUGACUGUCGUGCAGCACCUGGAAACAUGACUUAUGGUGGACCAGUUCAGGGAUUCACAAAUGUUAAUCAAGGUAGCAGCAUGGGGACUGCAUGCGGACAUUCAAACACGAAUGAUUCCCCUUUCACCGGGAAUACAUUGUCUGAAAGCCAGUGUAUAUACUCAGGGGAGAGGUCUGGUGGUCCAAGAGACUGGGUUAUUCCAGUAGGGGACUCGGGAUUUGGAAGGGAUAGGUAAUUGUAGUGCAGACAGCCAUUUCGUGGCAGGGGAUACUCUGAACCUCCCCCAAAAUGACAAUGUGUUGGCAAAUUUUAUGAGAGUGGACUUUGCAAGAAGGGGGCUUUAUGCGACUAUUUGCACUUUUGAGAAGGUAUGAAUUUAAAGGUGAAUUCGAACAACCAUUUUUUUAGUAGGAUGAUCAAGAUGUAGCUAAAAUAUUAGUAUAAUUUUUUAGCUGAUCAAAUUUCAGUCAAAGAAGGCAGGAUACAAAAAGAAUUCCCACUGAACCAUAAUGGUAACCAGGUAGAAACUAGUACACUAAAGCAGACAAAAAUAAUUGUAUCAUUCUUGUAUUUGAUCCUGAAAUUGUUGCUCUAUGUACAAGCUACAGCAGUGAAUUGAUGA